AUGAUUAGUGAACUAUGUAAACAUGCUAUUCUGCCACUGAGAGAUCAUAUUUCCUCUGAAGCCUGGGUACAUGGUGACCCAAGAAAAGUAGCCUAUCCAACUGAUAGCUAUGGGCAGUUUUGUGGUCAAAAAGAUACACCUAAUGAGAACAAAACAAUUUUAUUUUAUUUUAACAUUCUGAAAUGUGCCAGUCCUAUAGUGCUAAUAAACCUACAGUGCCCUACAACACAGCUUUGUGUUUCAAAGUGCCCAGACAGAUUUGCAACCUACAUAGAAAUGCAAUCUUCCUACAGAAGUUAUUGGGAGUACUACAAACAGUUUUGCAAGCCUGGGUUUACUAAGCCACGCAAGUCUGUGGCCCAAGUUAUGCGUGAUGAAGAUUGUCCUUCUAUGAUUAUUCCAAGCCGGCCUUUUCUUAAGAGGUGCUUUCCUGAUUUUUCUACUAAAAACGGGGUUCUGACUGUGGCCAAUCAGACUACUUUCAAAGAUGGAAGAGGAAAAACGCGGAAUGUAACGGAUCUCAGGGAAGCAGCAAAUGGCAUCAAUAAUGUUCUUGAUGCAAGAUCAGUUGGGAUGAAGAUUUUUGAAGACUAUGCGAGCUCUUGGUACUGGAUCUUAAUAGGGCUGUUUAUUGCAAUGGUAGUCAGCUUGCUCUUUCUUGUGCUUCUGAGAUUCAUAGCAGGAGUUCUCUUCUGGAUUUUCAUCUUUGGUGUAAUUGGGAUUAUAGGAUAUGGUAUCUGGCAUUGCUACUGGGAAUAUCAUCGCCUUCAUGGAAUACCUGGUUCUGAUCUUACCAUCUAUGAUAUUGGAUUCCAGACAGAUUUCAGAGUCUAUCUGCAACUGAGGCAAACAUGGUUAGCAUUUAUGAUACUACUUUGUAUAGUGGAAGUUGUCAUUAUACUGAUGUUAAUAUUUCUGAGAAAUCGAAUUCGGAUUGCAAUUGCCCUUUUGAAAGAAGGUAGCCGGGCAAUUGGCUACAUCAUGUCUACAUUAUUCUAUCCAAUUAUAACCUUUAUUCUUAUCGCCAUCUGCAUUUCAUACUGGGCAGUGACAGCUGUUUUCCUGGCUACCUCAGGAGAACCUGUGUACAAAGUUAUGGCUAAUCAAAGCUUAUGCAAGUAUGCAAAUUUGACCUGUUAUCCAGAGACUUUCAACACAACCAAUGUGACCAAACUAUGCCCAGGGGCACAGUGCACAUUUGCUUUCUACGGGGGAGAAAGUCUAUACCACCGCUACAUCUUAGUCUUUCAAAUUAUCAAUGUGUUUGUCUUUCUCUGGCUGGUCAAUUUUUCAAUCGCAUUGGGUCAAUGUACCCUUGCCGGUGCCUUUGCUUCUUACUAUUGGGCCUUCCGAAAACCUGCUGACAUCCCACCCUGCCCACUCUUUUCUUCAUUUGGACGAGCAAUACGGUAUCAUACAGGUUCUUUAGCGUUUGGCUCCUUAAUUCUUGCAGUGGUUCAAGUAAUUAGAGUAAUCCUGGAAUAUCUUGAUCACAAACUUAAGGGCUCACAAAAUGCAUUUGCUAAGUUCUUGCUUUGCUGCCUCAAAUGCUGUUUUUGGUGCUUGGAAAAAUUCCUUAAAUUUAUAAACAGGAAUGCUUACAUCAUGAUUGCAAUCUAUGGUAAAAACUUCUGCACCUCAGCAAGAGAUGCGUUCUUUCUCCUCAUGAGAAAUGUGGUGAGGGUUGCAGUCCUGGAUAAAGUAACAGACUUCUUAUUAUUUCUGGGUAAAAUUCUCGUUGCUGGAGCUGUGGGUGUCCUGGCCUUCUUUUUCUUCACACACAGGAUACCAGUAUUUGCACAAGAAGCACCUUCACUGAAUUAUUAUUGGGUCCCCCUCUUGACUGUCAUUAUAGGGUCUUAUCUGGUUGCACAUGGAUUCUUCAGUGUCUAUGCAAUGUGUGUUGACACACUUUUCCUCUGUUUUUGUGAAGACUUGGAAAGGAAUGAUGGAUCUACAGCAAAACCUUACUACAUGUCAGCUAGUCUGCACCGGAUUUUGGGGAAGAAGGAACUGAGUCCCAAAAAGUUAAUGGGAUGAUACUCAAAAUUGCAACAGUG